AUGAAUUGCCGCAUCGCAGUGUUUGCGUUGUUUUUGGUGAUGGCUGUGGUUGCUGUACGUGCAGAAACUGGUUUUUACGUGCCCAAAGCGUACUACACGAUUGACGAACAUGGUUAUAAAUCCCCACUCAUCUACAUUGACAGUAUUCCGCAAAUAUUCCAGCGUGUUCGACGAUCGGCUCAACUUCCUUCAGUUCCUAACUUCGGUUUUCCGGUGAAUUUUCCUGCGUUCCAGUUCCCAAAUCCUGCUCAGGGCGGCAAUUUCCAGUCUGUAUCUAUUACUAGCGGAAGUCCCGGUGGUUUGAAUAAUCGAUUCGAUGAAAAUGGUCAAUCGGCACCUGGUGGAACAACUAUUAACACAUUCUCGUCUCAGAAUGGACACGUUACUCACAUGACUCAUCACAUCGACAAAGAUGGCAAAGUCACUACUCAUACCAACAAGGACAACAAUAACAGCAACAACAAAAAGAAGAACUAA